AUGAGAGGAAUCAUCAUCGUAAGCUUCUUAAUUUUGCAGAGUCUUGUCGCUUCUUCGUCUCAAUCAGCACCAGACUUCAAUUUCUUCUACUGGGUCAACUACUGGCCAGGAGCAAUAUGCGAUAGCCAAAAGGGAUGCUGUCCUCCAACGAUACGCGAUACGGCGUCGGAUUUUAUGAUCCAUGGACUCUGGCCUCAAUUCAUCAAUGGCACUUGGCCUGCGUUUUGCGAUCAGACCAAUCUCUUCGAUAUCUCCAAGAUAUCAGAUCUAAUAAGCAAGAUGGAGAGGAAAUGGGCAGAGUGGGGAGUGUGGACAUGUCCAAGCAACGAGACUAACCUAUGGGAACACGAGUGGAACAAACAUGGCACGUGCGUCCAGUCUGUAUUCGACCACCACUCUUACUUCCAAACCAAUCUCAAAUUCAAACAAAAACUCAAUCUCCUCAACAUCCUUAAGCAAAAAGGAAUCAAACCGAAUGAUGGGUUUUACGGUUUAGAUGAGAUCAAGAACGCCAUCAAGUGCGUGAUCGGAUUUGCACCGGGUAUCGAAUGCAAUGAAGAUGUAAAAGGGAAUAAGCAGCUUUUCCAGUUCUACAUCUGUCUUGAUAAUUACGCCAAAGAGUUUGUGGAAUGCCCCUACGUCCCGGAUAAAUCUUGUGCUUCCAAGAUCAAGUUUCCAAAGUUCCCAAAGAAAAGAUUCUCUCUUAGCGAGUCUCUAAGUGCGAUGUCUUCUGUAUCAACUACCUAG